AUGGAUCUAUUACCUAUGCUUGCGAGAAGGGAAGCGUCCAAGUCAUCUGGUCUUGGGCUGGGAUGGUUGCUCGCAAUUGGCUUAGGUGGAGGACUCCUGCUGGCUGUUGCUGUCGGCCUCCUCUUCGGCUGGUGGUACAAGCGGCGGUUCAAACCGACCGACUUGGUGACUUAUGCGAAUGCAGCAAACCUAUCAUCCGAGAGAUCCCAGCAGUUUUCCUCUGGAAAACGUGGAUUCCUGUCGCAAUCGUCGUUCAGCCGCAUGUCAAGCAGGCUCUCGAUGACACUGCCUCCGGUGUUGCCACCCUUGCCGACAUACAACAGUUUUACCAAUGGCGCCGGCAAGAAGGAGAGAGGACGGAGCUGGGUUGACGAAGAAGCCCUCCAUGGACCGCGGGUUCGAAGAUUGUCCUUCAGGGACAGCUGGUUUUCCAAAGAGGGGUGGCUCAGCGCAUCGCCGACCUUGCCCGACCUUGAAGAGCCUCCCCGGGAGAAGCUCGCUCAAGCACCCCCCGACAACCAGAAGAUCGAAGUCCAGAAGCGCCAGGCGCCAAUCAACGAGAGCCAAACAGAACCGGACCUUCCAAGCCUAACGGCGCUCCCACGUGGGAGGCCGAGGAUUCCACCCCUGAUGCCCAUCAGAUCAUACGCCACAGAGUCAGACCUCAGGGAUAUUCUUGCUUCGACUGAACAGCGACUCCGCGAUGGAGUUAGUCUCUCGCCCGAAAAGAAUUCUCGAAAGUCACCUAAGAGGGGCGGGUCACCCACAAAGACUGGUUCGCCACCCAAGACGCCUCGCAGUGGACGGACUGUUGUCUCGGGCCACAGUAACGGGCGGAUGACGCCCAGCCCAAGCAAGAGGGGCAGCCAACCGCCUGGCACUCCCACACCUAUCAGGACACACAGCCGCAACGCAUCCGUCACCUCCAUUGGAAGCGUGGCCAAUAGCCUCAUCAGACAAGCGACCGCCGAGCUUGAGCUUCCGGGGGGUAUGUCGAGCCCAAGUAGGCUAAGGGGACAGGAGUGGACGGCUCCUCAGCAGAGGCAACCGAUCCCCCAACCCCAAUUCCAACCGCAUCCUCAUUGGCAGCAAGGUGUCAUGGGAGGCAGUUCAGGGCGGGACACCAGGCCGCAGGAGGAAGAAUACCUCCGCCGCGUUUCUAUCGAGAGCGAGGUAUCCAGUGCCCUGUCGACGCUGUACAGUGUCGGUGAGCCCGAGGAGGAGACCCGGCGUACUGAGACUGACGACCCUUUUGUUGUGAAGGGUACGAGGGAAACCAGACCGCAACUCAACGGGCCGCGCCCGCUCAGACGUGCAAAGACCAUCGUGGGGUUGCAAAUCUUCGAUGAGUCGGCUGUACCUGCGCCACUCAGAACUGUCUCAGUGAAUGCUCGAACGGCGGCCCGUCCACAAAGUGAGCAGCCGAAGAUGAGCAGCCUGACGCCCGUCUCCUCUACACGGUUACCACCGCCAUCAAUCAGCGACUGCAGGAAUCAGGAAGAAGUGAGGCCCAAGAGCUCGAUGACGUCAGAGAUGACAUCGAGAUCUCUCUUCCUGUCAUCGGAAUCGUCAGAGGCAAGCUUGGUGUCCUGUUCUGUGCACUCCGUCGAGAGCAAUACCAGCGACGAGGAGGAGCAGACUGUCACACCCAAAGCAGAGAACUUCCCCAGGCCCGCGGGCUACCGGAAGGACUCCUCCAGCCCCGAGAGCUACUCAACGCCAAUAAAGCGAGGCGGCCCGGUGGCGGACGUUGGGCUAUCCUCGUCCCCCCUCGACGAGCGGCAGGUUCUGUCGAUGCUCGGCACACAGCCUCGGCGAGACCUCCCCGUCCCGCCCUCGUGCGCGAGCGCGAGGUCAAACAGCUGCAUCAUCCAGCCAGGUCCUUCUUCGCGACCGACCUCCAAGUACAUGGCCAUCUCACCGCCGCCCAUCUCGCGCAGCGGGUCGGUCUCCAGCUCCGUCUACGACGUGGAGCCCUCUUCCCACGAGGACCAGCACACGGAGCUGCCCAGGGGCUUGGGGAGCACGCUCUCGAUCAGGGGCCAGACGGUGGGGAGCACGAUCGCGGAGCUGAGGAGGACGAACAGCGUGGUGAGCUCGUACAGCGUCGCGUCCCUCGCGUCGACGUUCCUUAGCGACGCGGCGGCGGAGUCGGCGGCCAUCCCGGCCAUCAGGGGCGGUGGCUUCUCGCCGCUGAGGACCAACUCGAAGAGCGCCGCCGCGGGGAACAGGAACUACCUGAGCCUGGGCGGGAUGAACGCGCUCAAGGGCAGCAGGGAAGCCCGGCAGCAGCAGAGCUACGUGGCGAGGUCUCGGUCGGCCGUCACCAACUUGGAGAAGACGGAGGCGAACAAGGAGAAUCAGGUUCUUAACAUGAGGACGGUGAGAUUCGAGAUACCGGAUCAACCGCGGGAGGGCCGUCUAGGUCCGAGCCUGACUGUUCCCUUGGCAGAUACCACCUCCAUUGUUGCACCAGGCAGCAGCGCAGAUGAGCAGGAGCGGCGAGCGCAGCCGCAGCAUCAGAGUAACCAGAGCAUAGAGAGCACAGGACUGUACGACAAGGAUGGAUUCUUGAUACCGUCGCCGGCGAAGAACAGUAAGGGCGGCCGGUGGAGGAUGUGA